GCGCUGACGUCACACGUGUGAACAACAAACGGUUGUUGGACUUUCACGAGCUAGCUUGCUCUCCCUGCGAAUGCUCGCGUUGGAGGAAAAAACACGUCCAACUCAGUGUACUUUCCACCACCUUGUCCGGCUACUGGAUAUAAACCAUCCUCGAAAAAGACAAGGCACGUUAGGAGCGAGGGCAGGUGUCUCGUCGGGACGGAAGUUAACCCCACGGAGGAGACAUGCCGAGGAGGACUCGUUGUGUGUCGGUGUGACGCCUGUUUCUUUUCCAGCCAGCCGCCAGUGGUGUUCGGGGCGCUGGGAUGUGUGAGCCGUGUGUUCCGGCGCGACACCCGAAGUGAGACGACCGCCACGAUUACUUUCCAUACGGCCUAAAUAAUGGACUUCGAGGUGUUACGUGAUGCGGCAGGUAUGCGAGGAUACGCGGGCCUAGAUGUCAUUGCGGGGCAUCAACUGUAGCACGCUAGCUAACUGCAGUUCACAUCGCCCAGUUCCAAAUGAAUAAGAUUGUUACUGUAGGAAAAAAGAAAAAAGGAAAGCUCACUUGAAUGUUAGGUUCGGACUGGCUGACUGACAAACUGCUGGUCCUCUAUUACUGCUGUCCAUGUCCAUCCAUUCCCAUUUAGUGUCAUAAAGUUGCUUCUUAACUGUAAUUGCAAUUGCACAUGUCACACAGGCAUCUUCUGAUGUGUUAUUGAUGACCUCUACACUAGCCCUCUAAUUCAAAAAGCAUUCAUUAGAGCGUCCACUUAAGAUUUUUACAGCCUGUUAAUUUGUCCAUCCAGAGUGAGAGACUUUUUGAGUUUAACUGGACAUGUAAACAUGAAUAUCGAAGAGCAGCGUCUCGAUCUGUGCAAUGUCAAGACCAAAACGAGCAUGGACGAUGAGCAUCGUAACACUACCUUUGGCACGGAUGGGGUCCGCAUCUCUGAGCUGAUCGUUGACGCCGAUAGGCAAACUGUCGAAAGCAUGCCUCAGCUCGCUGACAACCUUCAGGAGGCCGAAGGGGACAACUGCAAGGUGAAGGACACGCUGGAAAUCGAUGAGGUUAAUGGGAAUAGACUAAGCGCUGACCGCACCGGGUCGCCGAACCCUACUGACUCAUUCUUUCCUAAUAACGGGGACCACAAGGACAACGCUGCUGCGGAUCAAAUGAAGGACCCGAAGGACACUGAACCCGUAAAGUUGAACGACCCGGCAGAAGAUGACGAUGGCGGGGAGAUGGACAUGGGUGUGGACCUGAGCUUGGACGAGAGCGGCGUGCUGGAGGCCGAGCCCACCGCUGUCAGGUCGCCGCCAGGUGAUAUUUCAGACACUUCCAGUCAAGUUGUCCCGGCCGGCAGCGAGGCCGAAAGCCGGUCGGACGCGCAGCAUCCAGACGAGUCGUCCGGCGCGGACCACGCCGUGCUGUACCCCACAGUGGAGGAAGAGAACGAUAACCACAAACUGAGUGGCAAGAGGGUGACGUUUCCGUCAGAUGACGACAUUGUUUCUGGAGCUGUGGAACCAAAGGACCCCUGGAGACAUGCUCAGAAUGUGACGGUGGACGACAUCCUGUCUUCGUAUAAGCAGGCCUGCCACAAGCUCAACUGUAAACCCAUUCCCAAAGUGCUCAAACAGAUUCAGGAACUUAUAGACCUGACCCAGCGAAAUGAAUGCUUGGAUCUAAAAGGUGAAAAGUUGGACUACAAGGCGUGCGAGUCCCUGGAAGAAGUUUUAAAGAGAGUCCAGUUUAAAGUGAUCAACCUGGAGCAGACCAAUUUAGAUGAAGAUGGCGCCUCAGCUCUGUUCGACAUGAUCGAGUACUACGAGUCGGCCACGCACCUCAACAUCUCCUUCAACAAGCACAUCGGCACGCGGGGGUGGCAAGCCGCCGCUCACAUGAUGAGGAAGACGAGCUCUCUGCAGUAUCUGGAUGCCAGAAACACGCCCCUGCUGGACCACUCGGCUCCCUUCGUGGCUCGGGCGCUCCGGAUCAGCGGCAGCCUGGCGGUGCUGCACCUGGAAAACGCCGGCCUGUCCGGCAGACCGCUCAUGAUGCUCGCAACGGCCUUGAAGAUGAACAUGAACCUGCGGGAGUUGUACCUGGCCGACAACAAGCUCAACGGCCUGCAGGAUUCGGCCCAGCUCGGCAACCUGCUCAAGUUCAACUACAACAUUCAAAUUCUGGACCUGCGCAACAACCACAUCCUGGACUCAGGUUUGGCCUACGUGUGUGAAGGACUAAAAGAGCAGAGGAAAGGCCUCGUCACAUUGGUGCUAUGGAACAACCAGCUGACGCACAACGGCAUGGGCUACCUGGCAGCUGCACUGCCUUGCACCCAGAGUCUGGAGACGCUCAACCUGGGCCAUAACUCAGUGGGCAACGAGGGCGUCCACAAGCUGAAAGACGGACUGAUCGCCAACCGCUCUGUGCUCAGACUGGGCCUCGCCUCCACUAAAGUGUCCUGCGAAGGAGCGGUGGCGGUAGCCGAAUUUAUCGCCGAGAGCCCGAGGCUGCUGCGUCUGGAUCUGCGGGAAAAUGAGAUCAAGACAGGUGGACUGAUGGCUCUGUCGCUCGCCUUGAAAGUCAACACCUCUCUGCUACGUCUCGACCUGGACCGGGAGCCCAAGAAAGAAACUGUGAAGAGCUUCAUCGAGACCCAGCGUGCCCUGCUGGCCGAAAUCCAGAACGGCUGCAAGAGGAACUUCAUCCUCGCCAAAGAGAAGGAGGAAACAGAGCAGAUGAUGAGGCAGUCGGUAUCCAUGGCCGAAAUCGCCACCGAGGACGGAACGCGAGAAGAAGAAGGCGAGGACAGCAACGACAGGAGCCCAGAGGAUAAAACGGAAAGCCAAGAGCAGCCGAGCGGCGAGUCGGGGGCGAGCGCCGAGGUGAGCGUUCCGCCGAUCAACCUGGACUCUGACUCCGACACCGAAGAUGAGGAAGAAGUGAUCACGAAAGCCUCGUCCGAGCCAAAAGCGGUCCAAAGUCCGACUCCCCCUCAAACUGAAGUGGUAGCGCCCGCAUCGAGUUCCUCACACGUGCCCCCGCCGCCCUCAAUGAACACCAUUUCAGGAAUCACCGUCACCAACAGCCCGGUUCCUUUGGGCACGCCUCCCUCGCCGGGCCGCUGCAUAUCAGUCUCCAGUCCCGGGCGAGGUCACAAGAUUUUCAUGGUGACUCGGGUUGAGAGCCCGCCUGAACCUCAGGCUGCUGCCGGCCACACCGACGGGGCGUCAAAGAGGACCUUAGAAACAAGCGCAGCCACCGCCAAGCAAAUCCAGCCCACGCAGGAGGAGGUCCACGACGACACGACGCUGAAGCGCACCCACGACCACGACGUCAUUGGCAACACUUUAGAAGCGCCAUUGACGAGUCAACAAGCACCAGCCUCGCCUUCGUCCGCUCAGCCUGAAGCCCCCCCACCCCAGACCCCCUGUGAGGAGCUGAAAGAAGCUCCUGCUGUGGAGGAAAGCGGAGCGGCGUCGCCGGAAGCCACGAGCGGAGACGCCAAAGAGGAAAUCCAGACAUCCACACCCACGCCGGACCAAUUAACGCAAGACUCUGAGCGUCAGGACGACGCAAAAGAGGUGAACGCCAGCCCCCCGACUGUGACUGAGGACGACAGCCACGGUCCAAAACCGGACGGGGAACAUCAGAAAGCUGAGCCAGACGGACAGGAAGUAGCACAGCCCGUUCCCGCCGACCAACCGACAUCCGUCACUGCCGUCCAAGCUGAAACGGAGGCCUCCGCCGACCAGGGCGAGCCGGAAGUGGCCGGUUCGCUUUUGCCCAACGGCCUGAAACCCGAAUUCUCCCUCCACCUCCUCGACACCGACGGCCCCAAACCCGGCAGCUGUGUCAUGGAACACGUGAGUGUGAGCUGCACACAAGACCUGGAGGAGCUGCUUCUCGAAGCCAGUUUGGACACUGGAAGAGAUGCGCCCUGAAGAAGGUCCUGUGAGGACAACAGGAGUCAAGAACACAAGAGUCAAAAACACUCUAAUGAUCUCAACGGGUUCUGUAGGGAAUCAACAGACACUCAAAACUCAACGUGACGUCACUACAUCAACCACCGAAGCGUGUGCGUGUGAGGAGGACAAAGACAAAGUAACCAUGCUGUCAUCACUACAUUUGUGAUUCUUUCCACGGCAACAAGGACGGCCGGGAGUAGGAAGUAAAAAAACAAAACACUAACCAAAGACCAAUCCAGGUGUGCGUGUGUCUUCAGGAAAGUUUUUAACGGUAGAGCGUAAGCUUCCCUGACACGCAAAUAAUAACAAUUGUGGAGCCGGCUGAGGGCACCAGCCGGCUUUAAUGUCACAGCACUGUAUCCAGUGAUCAUCAAGAGUUUUUUUUUUUUUUUUUUUUGUCCUCCUCAUCCAUCGUUCCAAUUUUGAAGGGACCUCCGCCUAAGUGACCCCGCUUCCCAGUUUUUGUCAUUUCUAGUUGUCACUUUGGCCCCUCAGGAAUCAACACAAAGCAAACCUGAAGCAACGACCUCCACUGCUUGCUUCACGGGUUGCUCAAAUCGAUAGAACAUCUCUUCUUCACCCCUUUCACUCUUUGGGGGAUUUUUUUGCACCUUUGACAAAUCAUUUGUAUUUAUUUGAUGAGUUUCUGGAUUUAUCCACCCCCCCCCCACCCCCUUCUUGAUUUCUUUUUUAAACCCCACCCUGUAUUUGAUUUGUAUAUUUCCAUAGAGCAAAUAUUUAGGUUGUUUAUUUUAUUUUACAUUUUUGGAGGGGAAGCGCAAGUUUGGAGUGGUUGACUUGUUCAGUAGCAGUCGGGGUGCAUUCCUGACAAACCGAGUCAUGUAACCGAGAAGCGACGUGUCACGUGGUGGUGUCGUCGACGCCGGGUGGCCGCCAGAGGGCGCCGCUCCUUCACGCUGCUGCUCGCCGAGUCAUGUGAGUCCGCCAAAUCAGGCCGCUUCUCCGUUUUGCACCCCACUGUUUGUAAAUGCUUUAAUUUUUAGACCUUUUUAAUAAAUGGUUAACUUAAUUCAAAACUGUGCUGGUAAUCACAAAGAUAUGUAUGGCGAAAUUUGUUCCACUCAAAUAAAUGCAUGUAAUGACUCGA